GGCCUGAGGUUUGAGGUGGUUCCAUCCUGGUUUAAGGAGACGCUUGAAAAGUCAUCUUUUGCGGCCCCUUAUGAGUAUGCUGUGGAAACAGCAAAACAGAAAGCUCUUGAAGUAGCAAACAGAAUGCAUGUGAAACACCUGAGAACACCUGAUGUUGUCAUAGGAGCGGAUACUAUUGUGACUGUGGAUGAGCAGAUCCUGGAGAAACCAGUUGAUAAGCAAGAUGCAUAUAGGAUGCUGUCAAGGUUGAGUGGGAAAGAACACAGUGUAUUCACAGGUGUGGCUAUUAUACACUGCAGCAGUAAAGAUAACCAGCUAGAGACAGAAAUCACUGAUUUCUAUGAAGAGACUAAAGUAAAAUUUUCCGACCUGUCUGAAGAGCUCUUGUGGGAGUACAUCCAUAGCGGGGAGCCAAUGGACAAGGCUGGUGGUUAUGGAAUCCAGGCCCUCGGUGGAAUGUUAGUUGAGUAUGUCCACGGAGAUUUCUUGAAUGUGGUGGGAUUUCCUCUGAAUCACUUCUGCAAAAAGCUAGCAGAAUUGUACUAUCCGCCCACUAAACAUAAUGUACAACAUAAAAAGUAUGAUUCUAUCCCUUCUGUGGACACUUUCGAGAACCUAAGUGAUGGAGAAAGUGAAUCUUCAAAUUGCACAGAGCGCCAAGGUGCCAGUAAGUUGGACAGCAGUGGGAUGUGUUCCUUGGGAGCUAUUUACAAUUCCAAAACCAGUUCUAGUGGCAGAACUGGUUUUAUGGUGCCUUUGGAAAAUCACAACGGAGUGACGGAAAGUGCAGCAAAACUUCCAUCUAAAAUUCUAGAGCUGAUGGAUGGCUUCAGAGCUUCAAAGGCUCUCUUUGUAGCCUCUAAGCUGAAGAUGUUUGAUCAUCUGAAAAUUAAAGGUCCACUGAAGGCUCUGGAUAUUGCAAGUGAGGUUGGAGCCUCUCUUUGUGGAACCGAAAGACUCCUUGAUGCAUGUGCUGCCCUUGGAUUACUGCAGAAAACACCACAAG